CUACGCUCAUUCCUUACUAAAUCAGAAGAGAUCACCCACUAUAAUCUGAUUGGCUGUCUCUCUUCAAGGGAGCAAAACUACACUGCCCACCCACUGUUUAUAUGAAUUCUCGGUCAUUACUUACUUCCCCCCACAGACAAGAUAUUUGAAACAAGCGCUCAUGGCAGCUAAUGAAUACCGUAGUUACCUACGGAAUCACUUUGAAAUGGAGACCGGUCAGCCGCGAUUUCAUGCUGCCCAGAGUACUGCACCGACUUACAGAUCACUUAUUUUUGGAACGCUAGCUGUAAUUGGAUUGUUGCAGGUCGCAUCAAGUGUUGCAAUUUUGUUACACUUAACUGGGUAUCUACGCGAGAUAGACAUUUCCUCAACCCAAGAGAAACCAUUAGAGGAGAUUAGAACGGAACCAUACCUUGCAGAUGCCUUGAAAGAUCAAAGGAAAAGUUCGCCAAAGACAAAAUGCCCCAAAAAGAGAGAAGUGAUCCCUGAGGCACAUCUUCCUAUUAGAGGACCUAUUGAUUUUUCCAAUACAGAAGAUCAGAAGACUGUUAUGAUCCACUGGAGCAAUGAGUAUGGGCGGUUGAAGAAGAUCAAAUAUAAUGAUGGGCGGAUUCUGGUGGAAAAAGGUGGAUUAUACUAUGUUUAUGCCAAGACCUGUUUCAGGCACUAUUUUCAAUCUCCUGGCCAGCCAGAUGUGAGCAACGCCCAGUUGAUUCAGUAUGUUUACCAUGAGAAGCACACCCAGUCUACUAUCAAACCUAUCCUGCUCAUGAAGAGUGGUAGUACCAUGAGGUGGGAUGACAAACACUAUAAUAUGUACUGUGUGCAACAAGGGAGGGGUAUCCAUCUCAGUCAAGGGGAUGGAAUCUUUGUGAAUGUGUCAAACUCGUGGUUACUAGACCCAGAACCAGAGGGUAGUUACUUUGGUGCUUUGAAAUUGGGCACCUCUAAUGAACUCUGUUAAAAUGUCAUUUAAAGGAGAAUUCCGGACAAUUUCAACAUGGAUCUUGAUCGCUAGACAUGGCCAAGUACUGUCGAUAUGGAAAAAAACAGCCAAAAUAGGUGCUAGCGAACUGGAGUACCUGGAGCUACUGUCCAGUGCUCCCAGUGAGUUACAAUGCUUUAUCUAGGGGCAUCAUCUAAACGUGUCUUUAACAGACUCAAAAUGUCAUAAAAAGUCAUUACUUGUGAAGAAACCGUUUAAAUUCAAAGUUUGUACUGUCACAUUUGCACACUACUCUGUUUACCUUUUCCUGCAACAACUGAAUUCCCACGGUACUUCAGCGCGAGAAUAGAGCUAGCUUUCAGUAACAUGCAAGCUCAGGCAUCAUUUGGACCGUUUCCAUGUAGUUAGUUAUUAAUAUGGUCAUAACCAUUACAGUGCUCAAUUACCUAUUUUUGAGGGUAAAUAAACUUCAAGUUUUCGCUGCGAAGCCGGCAUGACCUCGACAACAGACUCUUUUAGGAUUUCCUGGAAGCUAGUGAUGGAAACUGAGGCAUGUGACUACAAACUUUGAAUUUAAACGGUUUCGUCACAAUUAAUGAGUUGAAAACACAUAGUUUUGUCACAUAAGGACCCUGUUCAUGUUGCAAAAAAGAUUAAGAAGUUAAGAGGCAAAAAGGCACGUUUAGAUGAUUCCCCCAGACCUAGCAUUGUAGAGCACUGGCCAUUAACUGCAGCUACUCCAGUUCGGCAGCACCGAUUUUGGUCGUUUAUUUUUUUUAUCCACAGUACUGGGCGAUGUGUAGCGAUCAAGAUCCAUGUAAAAAUCGUCCGGAUUUCUCCUUUAAGUCUUUUGAAUUUUUUAAAAAUAUUAUUUUGAAAACCACUGAAUUGAUGUAUUGCGUACAGCAGAUGCAACCGCAAUCAUCAGUGACACAGAAACCCAGUUUUAUUUUGAAACAACCAGCUCUGUUCACACAAUUUUGUAUAAACACAUCAUUGUGCGUCAAAAUUCAAAAGUACUGUAUGUGUCAUUUCUUGCAGUACUGUUUAUAAUGACUUUCACUGACAGCUGUUAACUGCAUUAUAGCAUGCAUAUCUCACCUUCAUGGUAAACCAAGGAGAGGCCCCAAAAAUACCAUUGAACAAUGUGAACAUGCCCAUGAUUAAAUGUAUUAACUCUAUCAAGGGCUGAAAUGUAAUCAAUCCCCAUUUUAAAAACAGUACUUUGUUCUUUUGUUAGCAGUUUAUUUAUCUUUGUAGUCCAUUUGCAAGCAUACUGUAUAUAGCUCGCAAAAAUGUAGCCAUGUGAUCUACUGUCACAUUUCCAAAGGGAUGGAAAUGGAAGUGUUAGUGAGACUGUGUAUGAGUACAGAACUGAAAAUGCACCACAUGGUUGUGAAUUAAAUAUAUAAAUUGGAUGUAAAGUUAUCCAGUUUACAGGCAAAUUCAAUAUGUAGUAAAUGAUUCCAUGUUGAAGAAAUAGGGAUAGUUCUCUGGAAUUUCUAGAUAUCUGCACAAGAUGGAAUAGAGAUGCAUUUGUUUCAUUUUAACAUGAAUCUUUUUCUCAAUGACUUUCUCAACCUUAUGAGUUCUGAUUUAUACAUGUGGCCUUUUGCCCACAAGGUGUUAUUGUGGCACAUUUACUGUUGUACUUGUAAUCAGGGUUAGUGGUACAUUUUAUGGGAUGUAUUUACAAAGGAUGACAGAAAAAGUCUUGGCUAACCUAUUGCACAGAAUUCUAUCCUGCGUUAUAAUGAGACAUCAAAAUGUAAGAUUUAAGAUAGCUGGACUGUCUGUUUGUCAGUGUAACAGCUGAAAUCACUGACUAAUAUGUGGAACCAAAUUGACUUUGGUGCACUAUUAAUUUAAAAUGUACGCGUUUCUUUCUCCUGUACCUCACUGAGUGUGCAAGGGAAAAUGCACUAAAGUAUUUAUUUAUUUGAUAUUCUGAAAUAGAUCAUUACUAAAUGUUCUAUUGUAUGUAAAAACAUGUGCAUUUGUUUUCUGCUUUUCUAUAGUUUGUUUUCUGAAGAUGUCUUUUGGUCAAUUCACCUUUUUUCCUGAUACACAGUGUCUCUGUUUGAAAGCUUAAGUGAGUGGUUUCUCAAUUGAGGAGCUUAUGUAUUUAUCUUCACAUGACAAUUCUGUGUGCAAAUCCUCAGUCAAAAACAGAAUAUAUUAGUUUUUUUUAAAGUUGCUUAAUAUUU